CAUAGCAUUUGUUGAGCAAUGACUCCUCGCUUUCUUUUUAUUCUUUUCUUUUUAGCCUUAGUUUGUUACCAAUGUGAAUGCACCACUGGAAAACGGCCACUGGGAACAUUCAUCAAGCACUAUGAGCCGCUGUAUUACGAUACUGCUUCUUUGCACGAGAUCCAUCGGAGAGCCGUUGAAAGUCGGUCGCAUGGGAAGUUCUCAUUUUCCGCGUUUGGGAAAUUUCACCAGCUAAAUUUGCGGCCUGAUAGAGACAUAUUUACAGGAGAUGCAACAAUUGUCUCAUCGGAUGGAAAGCCGAUCCCAUUUGAUCACGAUGCCGUUGUACGAGGUAAAGUGGAGGGUCAUCCCAGUUCCGAUGUGUACGGUGUUAUUGACAAAGAAGAUGGAUUCCAUGGAAAGAUAUUGAGUGGCAGUGAGAACUAUUACGUGGAUCCGUCUUCUUGGUACUUUGACAAGAAGCAAGAUUUUCCAUCUGUGAUCUACAAGGACACAGACCUGGAGUACGACCACAAUUUCGCCGAUAUCAAUGAAAGAGUACCCUCUGUGCAAGUUCCAGAACGAACCCGCCGCUCGCUUUCGGACCAAGACCAAGGCCGCGUUCGCAGGCAAACACAAGAACAACUGGAUAAAGACGCCUGCACACUCGGCCUCUACGCCGACAAUUUUUUCACCAAAUUGUACGGUGGCAAAACGAAAGCGAUCUUCCAGCUUGUCAAACAAGUGCAGGCGGUACAGAUCAUAUACACAAACCAGUUUAACGACUCGAACUACUUCUUUUCAAAAGGAUUAACAUUCCGCGUCAAGACUAUCGUUGUGUUCAACGAGACCGGAAAGCCACCCAGCAAUCUUCCCGACCAAAUUACGGAUAGUAACGUCGGUAUAGACACUGUCCUAGAUCUGUUCUCAAGUAUUGACCACAGUGCUGUUUGCGAAGCCUUCUUGUUCACCGAUCGCGACUUUGAGGGUGGAAUUUUGGGUCUCGCUUGGAUUGGAGACCCUGACGGAGGUGCAGCAGGCGGAAUUUGCGACGGAUUUAUCGAUUAUGGUGGAGGGAAAAAACGGAGUUACAAUACUGGUGUUGUUACAUUGAAGCUUUACGGACGAUUCACACCUCCCAGGGUAUCAGAGAUAACGUUUGCACACGAGCUUGGGCAUGGAUUUGGUUCUCAGCAUGAUCCAGACACAGAACAGUGUGCACCUGGUCCUCCUGAAGGAAACUACAUCAUGUUCGAUAAAGCAACAUCUGGUAUUGAACCCAACAAUGACCGCUUUUCUGUAUGCAGCAAAGACAGUAUCAAGAAAAACGUAAAUAGAGUUCGUUCUAAGCAAGGCAGUACUUGCUUCAUUAAAUCCGAUGACCCAAUAUGUGGAAACAAGAUAGUGGAAAAAGGUGAACAGUGUGACUGUGGAAAUGCAAACACCUGUACUGAGGAUUGCUGUAUCCCAGCAGGUAGCAACAAUGAAUGCAAGCUGAGAAUUGAAAAGAUAUGCAGCCCAAGCCAAGGGCCAUGCUGCAGCACUAAAUGUACUUAUGAGGGACCAGCUGUGUUAUGCGCUGCUGCAACAGGCUGCACAAAAAACACAUCAUGCAGUGGCCACUCAUUCAAGUGUGACACUCCAGAGGCAUAUCCAAAUGAGACCCUAUGUGACGAGGGACGUCGCUUAUGUUAUGCCGGACAGUGUUCCACAUCUGUCUGUAUGAAGUAUGGUUUGGAAGAGUGUUCUUGUUCAGUUGAGGAAGAACUUUGCGAUCUGUGUUGUAAAGAGAAAGGGGGAGCGUGUACUUCAGCAAUGCAGCUGACUCAGGUAUUAAGU